UUGCUAAUUAAGUGUCGUGACCUUUAUGUACGCAUGCGCCAAAUUUAGUUCCUGUGUUUCUAGCAACUCUAUUUUGGAGAGGAAUUAAAGAACCAGGAUGGACCGUCAAGUGAGUGCCCCUGCGGGUACUGGAAGGUAUGAGAAAAGGCCCCAGCAUCAGCGUUCACGAAUGAGCAAAAUUGGCAGGUCAGUGAAACAUAGUGUGGCUGACUUUUUUGGCCUCGGUGAUGAAGAUUGUCAACAGUCGUCAAAAUGGCAGAACCGGCAUAUGCGCUACUACCGUGGUAAGGUGAAAGAUGGAUACCUUCAGAAAACCACUGACUUUGAUGAGGUGGACUCAUCUGUUAGAUAUAUACAUGAUCCAUUGAAAGCACCUGGAGCCAGAUAUAGUGCAGGUGCCCAGUAUUCCAGACGCACAACUCCACUAUCUAGUACAAGCACAUACACACCCAGUACACGUGGGGGAUUUCCAGUUAGAAGAACACGCAAAGAUUCAGUGCUCAAAAUGACAUGGAAAGGAAUGCAGACAAUUGCAGGUUCAAGGAAGAAGUUACGAGGUAAACAAAGUGUAAGGAGCUAUGCCCCAGCAAGUCUGGCAGGAGAUAUGGGUGAUGCAAGGAGCGAUCUUGGUGACAGUUAUGCAUUUCAGAUACCGGAGCAUGAUCAGUUAAGUCUGGUAGAUGAUGUUUUUUAUGAUGAACCUACUGCUGGUAUCCCAGAGAAACAGUUGGCUAAAAUAAGAGAAGAGACCAGUGCUGAUUUUGCUGAAUCCGCACCAUUAAGCAGGGCAGUCCCAAUGGCAGGAUGGCGGGCUGGAGCACAACCUAAACCCGCCCCAGGAACACCAGAUCCUGGCCUGGAUAUGCCAGACUUCGGUAUGAGAAGAAUUAGACAGGAAAUUGUUAAUUCAGUAACAGAGAGGGACAAGAGACAUGUUGGUAUGGGAUUUGUUGGGCGAUUAUUCCAGAGAAAUUAUCGUCCUGACCGCAUGAACUCUUAUGUGAAGAAACAAAUUGAUGAGUUGGAUGAUCAUAGACCAUUUUUCACAUACUGGGUGACAUUUGUACAAAUAGUGGUAUUUAUAGUGUCAGUGGCAGUGUAUGGUAUUGCACCUAUAGGAUCAUCAGAAACUGUGUACUCUGAUGCAAUAUUAAAACCUAACCUGGCAUAUGAACUGACAAGAUAUGUUGAAGCAGACAAUUUAUGGAUUGGACCUCGGCAGGCUGAUUUGAUACAUCUGGGUGCAAAGUAUUCCCCAUGUAUGAGAAGAGAUCAGGGUAUAGAGAAAGGAUUAAACAAGGACCUGGAAGAGGAGCGGUACUCUGCAUGUUGUGUGAGGGACGAUGGGUCUGGUUGUGCUCAAAUGACUAAAGACAGAUGUGCUAAAACAUUAAACACGUGGUAUAAAUGGAACUCUACAAGUAAAGGUCAUGGUGAGUGGACAUCAGGCUCUGUAUGUGGUCAGGAUCCAAAAUACUGUAGAGACCCAGCGUCUGUUAAACCAUUUAAAUGGGAUGAUGACAUCACAAAGUGGCCGUUGUGUACAGAGACAAAAUCACCAGAGGAAGGGGAUCGUUCAGAUCGUCACAUGUCAUGUAAAAUCUCAGGACGUCCAUGUUGUCAUGGGAUACAGGGAGAAUGUAUGAUAACUACACGGGAACAUUGUGAAUUUGUCAGAGGUUAUUUCCAUGAAGAUGCCUACCUAUGUUCUCAGGUGGCAUGUAUGAAACAGAUCUGUGGUAUGAUUCCAUUUGCUCAAGACAGAUAUCCUGAUCAGUUCUAUAGAUUGUGGACAUCUCUCUUCUUACAUGGAGGGUUAUUCCAUCUUAUCAUCACAUUGGGAUUUCAAAUAUUGAUAAUGCGUGACACAGAGAAGCUGACUGGUAGUAUAAGAAUGGCGAUUAUAUAUGUGGGUGCUGGUAUAGCUGGUAACCUAGCAAGCUGUAUCUUUGUUCCCUAUCAUGUUGAGGUUGGACCAGCUGGAUCACAGUUUGGUAUUUUAGCCUGCCUGUUGGUAGAAGUUCUCCAGUCGUGGCAGAUGCUCGAACGACCCGGUAUAUCUUUACUCAAGGUCACGGUGCCGAUUGUCCUUCUCUUCAUGCUUGGUUUACUCCCGUGGAUCGACAACUGGGCUCAUCUGAGUGGAUUCUUGUUUGGUUUCCUCCUUGCAUUUGCUUUGCUUCCAUACGUGUCUUUCGGAACAUAUGACAGAAGACGCAAACUGAUAGGAAUAAUUUUGUCCCUCGGCGGCGCAAUUUUCAUUUUUGUUCUUCUUGUGAUAUUAUUUUACGUACUUCCUCUUUACAACUGCCCUGGCUGUCAGUAUUUUAACUGUAUACCCUUCACUCCAGACUUUUGUAAAAACAUGGAGAUUGAUAUUGAUCGAAAUGCCACAUACAAUAAUGUGUAGAUAAUUUAACAGCUCUUUAAAAAACCCACCUUUAUAUAUAUACAUAUAUUUUAGGAGCUUUUUUUUAUAGAGACAUUUAUUUAUAUAUUUUUAUUUCCUUUAUGUAAAUGUUAGUGCUUUGAAAGUAUUGUUUGCGAUAUUAAAUGAUAAUUUUUUGUGCUUUCAUUUGUUUACCUGGACAUAAAAAAAUCCAAUAAUUUAAGACAAUUAUGAGAGUUUCUUUUAAAACAUAGGAAAUGAAUAAAUAUUUCACAAACAAAUGACAAAGUUUAUUGAAUUAAGCACUUCAUGUUUUACUUAAGGAAACAUUUAAAGGUAAAGAUUAUAAAAUCUUUGGUUGUGACAGAUAUUACAUCCUAAUUAAAAUGCUCAUGGGAGUUUUUACUUUUUAUUAGAAAUAUAUAUUUGUAAGAAAUAUAAUCAGAGAUAAAAUUAUAUGAUGUUAUUCAAAAAGUGAGUGAUGUUAAGUUUUUGAUUGCACAAUGACUAGCUAAAUUAUAUUUUUACAUUGUAGAACCGGUACACAAUAGAAAUUAUCUACUUGAUUAAAAUUUUAGUAAAAUUUUAUAUAUUACCCUAUUGUUUAUAUAAUAUUUAUUGGUCACCAUAUUUUCAUGAACUUAUAAACUAGUCAUAUACUAGAAUUUGAUGACAACAAUUAAAGUUUAUCCUGUUGGUAAAGUAAAUGACAUCAGGUUUCAGAAUUAUUUGAAACCUUUCAUAAUCUUAGAAGUUAUAAGUAUUCAGGCAAUACAGAAAGUUUACAGUGAGCAGUUUUUGUUUGUAAUCAAUUUUGACUGUUAUUAAUGAAAUAUCUUAUGAUUUAUAAAGUUAUAAUUAAAACUUUGACAGGAAUAAUGGGAGUUUUUACUUUUUAUAAAUAAAAAAAUAAAGAAAAGAUAGUACAGGAAUAAUGUAAAAUAUUGAAAUUUAAUUGCUGAGCAGAGAUAGAGGUAAAAACAUUGCGAUGAGAUUUGUGUAUUUUAAAUCAGAAUUUAAAAUAUUCUAUCAGAUAUUUAAGGCAUAUUGUUGUUUAUCAGCUAUAUAUGUAUAUAUAUAUUUGAACAAUAAUAUAAAAUCUGACAUGACUUCACUUGAUAUACAGGGUUAAAUUUAUCUGCUAGGGAUUUAUUGUAUAUACAUCUACUGUUAAAUAUUCUUACAUGAGAUAAAGGUGGUUAUUAAAUUUUGUAAAAUUAACCUUUCUGAGUAGAUUCAAUUUUUUCAUUAUUUUAUUUAUUUCAGUCAUCAUUUUUUUUUAACGUUAAAUGAAUCAAACUUCAACAGUACAAUCAUAGCUUGUUAUUUCUUAGUUAUUUGCUAAUUGUCUUGACUUUUAACAUGCAGGAAUUGAAAGUAAUUAGCAUUUUUUACCAUUAUAGAGCCAGGCCGGCAUACACAUCUAUUCAGUCUGACCAAGUUCUGUACUCAAUGAUUAUGUACCCACUUUAGGGAAGGGGACUGAUAUAGAUUUGCUGUUGUCAGUCUAUGCAGUUGUCACACUGUCCUAGAUUGACAAAACAGUUGAAUGUCGGGCAUCCAUGUCCUAUGGACAUUUUUAGUUGCAUUUCAAUAUGAUGAAAAAUGGAUUAGACCGUAUCAAAUUCAAGCUCGUCUAAAAAGAAUUAAACAUAUUUAGCAGGCUAGGGGUUAAUAUGUAAAGUAUUUUCAUGUGAUUAUGUUGUUUGAUUGAUAUUUUCAUUUUGAUCCAUAAAGAACUGUAAAAAGUGUGUGUUGGGUAACUUAGAUUAGAUUAGAUUUUUAUAACUUUCAUACAUUUUGUCAUAUUAGAUAUCUUUAGGGUCUAUUCAAACUACGCAGUUUAAAAUCAUUUAUUUUGUAUUAAAAUAUAACAAAUCUACCAGGUAAUAUUGUUAAACGCAUAACCAUUUAAGUAUGGAAGAAAAGUCAGAUUUUCUUUUUCUGAAAAUUAUGCUCUUUCCUUAAAUUACAAAUUUUUCAUCGUUUCUUGUCCAAAUUUAUUUGUCCGAGAUAAUUUAUGCAAACUUAUUUAUUUUUUGUCAUAAUUAUAUGCAAAUUUUAAAGCUCAGAUUGUAAUUUGGUUUGAAUUUUUUUACCAUAUUUCAUGUAUUUCAUUCCUUAUUAAGUUGCAAUAAGUGUAUAAGAAUACUCUUUCUCUUUGUAACAUUGUGCUUUAGUAGAACUGAUGUUAGAAGUGUCUGUGGACUUACAUAACAAAAUGU